AAUUGGCAUGGGGAAAUAGCAUGCUAGCGAGCUAGAUAACUGGUUAACUGUUGCAUUUUUGUUGACAGAUCCAUCGUUUAUUCUAACCGUCUGUGUUUACCAAUAAUAUACGUGACUAAUGCUGGCAGCUUUAAGCAAUUCAUUUGUUACUUUGGAAUGUCGGCUAGUUAGUGACCGACCGGUAUUAAAAUGGGUGCCAUACUGUAGGUAGUUGGUUGGUUAGCUAAUAUCAUGCUGGCUAACAACUUGUGUAUGCUGGCCAAGUGUGGCAUUGGUGUUGUCAGUUCCUUUGACUGACUGAGUUAUGACAAGUGAGUAGCAAGCUUUGUUUUUCUUUUGACAGCUGAAAAUGUUGGGCAACCAUAAUUCCUUAUCAUAACAUUAUUAUAGCUCACUUAUAUGUGAUAGCUGGUGUUCACUGGUUUCGGCGUCCCUAUGCUGUGUGAGUGUAUGUGUUUGGUAUCUUACUAAAUACAUUAACAUGCACACUAAUAAUUUGAUAUUAAACUGAUGACAUUAGUCAUGCUUAUCUUAAUCGGCAUAAGGUCAUAAUCGAAGUAUGUAUACGCCGAAUUAAACACCUGGUUUUCUGAGCAAUCUUUUGAAUGAACUUAUAUAUAUAUAUGCCAUUUAGCAGACGCUUUUAUCCAAAGCUUAUUCGGCGUUCCAGUGGUGUAUUUGAUCUGCGCAUUUGCCAGCACCGGGUAACGUUAGCGCAAACUUCCCUCUUAAAGCCAUUUUAUGCUUGGUCCGAAAAUGUCGGAGACGCCAUAAGGAUGGUGUGACGCAAUUGCAGAGUCUCCGGAGUCAUGCAGGGGCCAAAAUGACCUCCGGUAACUGCUCAAAUGUUGUACCAAUAAGGAGGGUUCCGUAAAGCUCCACAUUGACAUGACUGGUUGGCAUAAGUUUCUGUAUAAACACAAACUCACUUCCUUGACAACUUCCUUGACAACAGUUCUGCACUGCUCCAUAAAGCAUAAGAAGUAUGACUACCCUGACUUCUGUAGAGGCCACAUUACCGUAAACGCUGCACGGCCAAUGCAGACGACAGAUUGACCAUGCAACGCCUUUUACCCGCGAGUGAAGUGGUGAUUCUCACAGUGAAGCGAGCCACAGGCACCUUCUCACUGAUAGGAUGCUUUUUCAUGCUGUUUGUAAUCUGGCUUCUCCGCCGGUAUCACUCCUUGGCCCAGAAGAUGAUUUGCAGUCUGACAGUUGCGGCCUUCUUUGACAGUGUAGCGUAUGUCAUCGGUGAUACCCAUCCAGAGGGGAGUCUGUGUAACUUCCAGGCCUGGUGGCUCACUUAUUUUGACUGGAGUGCCUUGGCCUGGGUGUGCCUGAUCACAGUGAACCUCUACCUUAACCUGGUCAAAGAGAUGAGCACCAGCCGUUUCGAGCUACUGUACCACUUGAUGGCCUGGGGGGUGCCCCUGGUGAUGGCCUCCCUGCCCCUGUUCAGUGGAUACUACGGCCCAGCAGGAGCCUGGUGCUGGAUCACAGGCAACCACGUAGCUUGGAGAUUUGGGAUAUGGUACGUCCCACUCUUCACCCUCAUCUUCCUCAUGAUCUGCUGCUACGCCAGAAUAAUCUACGUAGCCAAUGAGAGGAUGCAGUCGUGGUUUGGCACCUUCAACCCAGAGAGGGAGAGGAGAAAGGUGUCUUUGGCUGAGGAGAUAAAGCCGUUGAAGUGGUAUCCAUCUGUUUAUCUCCUGGUGUCUCUGUUCCCCCUCAUCAACAGGCUCCAUAAUGCGUUCUACCCCCAGGAUCCAGUGUUCUCUCUUACUUUGCUCCAUGUCCUUUCAGCCCCUCUCCAUGGCUUGGCCAACGCAUUCGUCUUUGGCCUGGACAGAGACACCUGGAGCCAGCUCAGUCCUACAGGCAUACAGUUGGCGCUGCAGUCUCGGCUGUGUGACAGGACGCGUAUCAGGGAGUACCAUCCUGGGGCGGUGCACUACACACAGGCUGAGCUGGGGGACUUCAGUGACGAGGAUGAUGAUGACACCAACGUCCUUUUCUACUCCCCUGACAUGACCCUGAAAGACAGAGGACCCUAAGAGACAGACAGACAGACAGACAGACAGACAGACAGACAGACAGACAGACAGACAGACAGACAGACAGACAGACAGACAGACAGACAGACAGACAGACAGACAGACAGACAG